AUCCCCUCACAAUUCGCUAAGUUCGCCCAAGAUAUUUUCUGUCUUUCUCUCUACAAACUCACCCCUUAAAAAAAUCAACAGUGACAACAAAAAGUAGUGUUUCAGCUUUUUAUUAAGUACAUUUGAUUUUUGUUUUCCUGUUUGUUCAUGUUUCUAAGGUGUCAGAAAACUAUGAAUUUUUUCUAGUUUUGUCUUCUUCGUUUUAGAAGAGCAAGACAGGCGGCAGAGAGAGGAUUUUGGACGGCUAAGAUGGUCAGAGGAGGAUCCCACGGCGGAUCUAGUUAUUACUCGGUCCUUGGGAUUCGCAAGGACGCCUCCUUCUCUGAUAUCCGCUUUGCUUAUCGUAAGCUCGCUCUGAAAUGGCGUCCGGACAAAUACGCCAGAAAUCCGGGGGUCGCCGGCGAAGCGAAACUCCGGUUUCAGAAAAUCCAAGAAGCUUAUUCCGUUCUCUCCGACGAGACCAAGAGAUCAAUGUACGACGCCGGUCUCUACGAUCCUUUGGAAGAAGAAGACGAAGACUUCUGUGAUUUCAUGCAAGAAUUGAUCUCGAUGAUGAACAAUGUGAAAGACGAGGGGGAUAGCUUUGAGGAUUUGCAAAGGAUGUUUGCCGAUAUGGUCGGCCGAGAUGGCGUGAGCUUCGACGUCAACAACGAUCCAACGAAGGCGAAGAGGGCACGUAUUACGGUCCCUAAAGGCAAAGCAGCAAAGCGGAACGGUUCUCGCUGUUGACGCGUGUUGUUGGGGAAAUGGGGUACUGAAAAGAGAUGAAAUUGUGAGGCUUGCUGUGAUGGUGAAAAAUGCUCAUUGGCUGAGUAAAAAACUAGAAGUAUGUUUUAAACUUUGAUUGUCAGCUUUUGACAAGACUAUGUGUUGUUGUCAAUAGAACAGACAACGGGUUAGACAUAAAAUUCAUUAUUUUAAAAUUCAACAAGCAGAAGCUGGGUUAUUAACUUUGUUGAGGGAAGAUGCUUGCUGCCUGGUGCUGUGGACAUGUGGCAUUAGUGCCGAAUCUGCAGGUGCCUGGCGAAGGAAGAACUGAAGAAACUAUGGAUGAAAUCAGAGACUAGUGAGUUAUGACUUGGAGAAAGAGAAGAAAGGGAAGAUAUCAGAGGAGAAUCACUGAAUCAGUUAAGAAAUUAGAGAAGAAAGGGAAUAAUAAUAGGCGAGUAAGGAAUGUAAGAAAGGGUGAGAGGCCAGGAAAGUUGAGAGGAAUCAGGAAAGGAAAAUAGGGUGAUUAGGGACGACAACUCAAUCCAUGUUUAAUAAGUUUUGAUUUUGAUUUGAUUUUUUAGGAUCGAUUUUUUUUUUUAAAUCAAAUUUUGAAUUAAG